UGGAUAUAAAACCUCCCAUUGACUUUGAUUUUUACUAAUUUCUGGAAUUUGUUUGAAGAGAAAGACUACAAUUUGGAGUUAAAAGAAAUGACAAUUUCUUCUAAAAAUUUGUCAGUGAUAGACAGCAUUUCUCUCCCGCGCAGUAGUUCGUGAAGCUUGUUAAAAUCCUGCUCAAAGCUUCAUCAUCUCCUCCAUAUUGAAACCUAUGGGUUUAAUCCGGGGAACCGCCAGUCCUGAUGAAAGGAAUUUUCGAAGCGACCUGCGUUUUUUUCUCGUGUCGACCUGCAAAAUCUUUACUCGGUUGAUCUCUUCCCUUACAUUAGAGACAGUGAUCCUGGCACUCUGCAUCCUAGUACUUGUUCGAUUGUCUUUUCUAUUUCAUUCAAGGUUGAAUAUUCCAACAAUGUUAAUAGAAGCACUGCAAUUAGGAUUGCUGGUGAUACUUUUCGGGCCAACGCCAGAAUUUCGUGCUUGGAAUUACCUAUUAAACAAAGCUUCUAAACGAAGAGAGAAAAACAACGAGAUGGAGACCAAAUAUAUCGAGCAUUUCAGUCACUUGCAUCCAUUGAUUUUGCAUCAGAAGAGGCAUCGCAACGAUGGUAUACUGAUUGUAGUUUGUUCUGGGUGCUCGGAAGUCGUUGAAUCAGGUCCUUUCUAUGCUUGCGUUGAGUGUAAUUUUUUUCUUCAUUGCAAAUGUGCCAAGCUACCCCUCAGGAUAAAGCAUCCAAUUCACCGCAGACACCAUCUUGUUCUUUGUCACGGAAAUGAGAUAUUCAUAUGUAGCCUGUGCAAGGAGCUGUGCCAGAACUUCUUUUAUCAUUGUGCUAGUUGUCACUUCAUAAUUGAUGUAAGAUGUGCUGACUUAUAUAACAUCACUGUGGGUGAAAAUCAUCAGCACAAGUUUUCUCCCAUUUGCAAGAGAAUCCCAAUUACUUGUGAUGCCUGUGGUGAAAGUGGGGAUUUUUAUCCUUACAUGUGUACUUUGUGUCACCUCACAGUCCACGGGAAAUGUACUUCAUUGCCAUCCCAAAUCAGAAUAACACGGCAUGGGAAUCACAGCAUCACACACACCUAUUUCCCAACUGAAACUGAAAAUGAAUCUAGUUGGCACUGUGGAAUUUGCUAUGAAAAAGUGAGUGCAGAUCAUGGGUGCUACUGUUGCACAAAAUGCAAUUACAUUGCCCAUGCGAAAUGCGCAACAAGAAAUGAUAUCUGGGAUGGUCGACUUUCGAACCUUGGUGAUGGAAACAAUAGCGCAUUCAUAAAUUGGAUAACUAGCUGGGAAACAGAACAAGGAGAGAAUGUUAUUGCCACGAAGAUUGAAGUAACUGUCAACCACGAACACCCAUUAACUUUAUGUGAAAACGUAAAAGAUGAUAUAUUUUGUGAUGGAUGCACGCUUUGCAUUUCAACUCCAUUUUAUAGCUGUGAAAGGUGCAACUCUUUUCUCCACAAGGCCUGUGCUGAAUUACCUUGGACGAAGUUACACUCAUCCCAUCGUCAUCUACUCGAGCUCAAAAAGUUCCCCAAUGGUGUUGUAAUCUGUUGUAGUGUUUGUUCAGUUUGGUUCCAUGGAUAUGCUUACAGCUGUCAAUUGUGCAAUUUCAACCUUGAUCCUCGAUGUGCUUUGCUUGCAGAUACUUUAAAGCACGGUAGUCAUGAUGAAGAUAAACAUGAGCUCCGGGCAUUCUUCAAUGAGAAUGCAGUCCCUUGCAAUGGGUGUGGUGGUCUGAGUACAAACUACUUCAAAUGUGCAAUUUGUGAUUAUGUCCUGGACUUCAAAUGUGCUACAUUACCACAAACAGUAAAGAGUGAGUUUGAUGAAGAUCUCAUCCUAGUAUAUCGAGAUGACUUGGAUGAUCAUUACUGCUUUAUUUGUGAGGAGGAAAGAGAUCCAAAGUACUGGUUCUACUCCUCUAAGAAUGGCUGUUCGGAAUUUCAUGUUGCUUGUGUUCUUGGGAAACUCCCUUAUAUCAGGCUUGGAACAAAAAUCAGUAUCACUGCUCACCCUGAUCAUUAUGUCACUUUAGUCCAGAAGAAUGAAAAGUACUCUUCAUGCAACUCUUGCAGCAAGCUUUGCAAGGACUUGGCCCUUGAAUGUGAAGAGUGCGAUUUUAUUAUGCAUUGGGAAUGCUUUGAAAACAAGGUUCGGUUACUUUCAAGUGUUACAUAUAGUUUCAUGUUCCGUAGCUUUAUGUCUUCUUUCUUUUCUGUUGGUUUGAUUUAUAGAGGAAUGGGACUAGCUUCCACUUUUCUCUAUGAGAGAAGUCAGUUUCAGGUCCCGUACCUUACUGUUUUUGUUGGUUUGAUUUGUAAAGGGAUAAGAGUAGCUUCAACUUGUCUCGACGGGAGUAGAAAAUUUGGUAGCAUUACUACGUAUCUUAAUCACUGAUUACAAAUUAUUUGCAGAGGGAGAGAGAGAUGCAUCAACAUUCAGAUCAUGAUCUGAGGUUUGCAAAUCCGGAUGACUUACUGAUCCCUUUUGAUGCAUUUUCUUUAUUCUGGAAAUGAUCCGAUUUUCCUCUCAACCUGCGUUAAUUUAUGGAAAAGGUGGGAGUAUAUCAUCAAGCUAUGCCACCCACAAAUGUGAGAGAUUUGCGUUAGUGUUUAAUGCAACUCUCUUUGUUAAUCAUAUAGAUUUUUGCUUAGCAUUACGUAUCAUUUGGUUAGUCUUUCUCCAAAACCAAUUUUGUUUAUAUUUUAGUUUUAGAAAUAAUAAAUUUGUAUAUGGUGAAUUUAUAUUCUCUUAAAUCAUGUAUGAAAUUUUUGUUUUUUGUUU